AUGUGUGAGGCAGAGGGCGAUGAAACGGAUGUGGUGAGAGAGAUCAAAUGGCUUAAAGAGGAGGUGGAGGAGGAGAGAUGCAUCCGGUGGACAAAAGUGAGAUCAUCCAUGCCAAUUGGUGUCAUGGAACAAUGUGAGCGUGUUGCCGAGCCUCAGCAUCUGUGGCAGUACCACGACCGUUUAAUGCGAAAUUGGGUGGGUGUGGCGAGUCCUACAUAUCCACUAGUGGAGGGCAAGGAGGAGGAGGAGGUGGUGGUGACGCUCCUAAUAGUGGUGUUCGCGCAAACGCCGCCAAUGGUUUAG